GUGAAGCCGGCCCAGGAGGUGAAGCUUCGCUUCCUGGAGCAGCUGAGCAUCCUUCAGACCCGGCAGCAGAGGGAGGCGGAUCUGCUGGAGGACAUCAGACCUGUUGGAAGGCUGGUGGACACUGUACCCAGGCCCCCAUCAGGCCUCACCUCCAAGCCCACAGAUGGUUCUCCAGGGGUGGGGAGGAUCCUGCUGAGGCUCUGAGCAAUAAGAUCCUACAGCAAGCAGAGGGCAGCCAUUGAACGGGAGUAUGGGCAGGCACUCCAGAAACUGGCCGGGCCGUUCCUGAAGAGGGAAGGGCACAGGAGCGGGGAGAUGGACAGCAGACUUUCUCUGGGGAGAGGCAGGAUGGUGUUUGGGGCCUGGCGCUGCCUGCUGGAUGCCACUGUGGCUGGGGGCCAAGCCCGGCUCCAAGCAUCUGACCGAUACCGUGACCUGGCAGGAGGCACAGGAAGGAGUGCCAAGGAGCAGGUACUUAGGAAGGGAGCAGAGAACUUCCAGAGGGCACAGGCCGAGGUGCUGCAGUCUGUCCGAGAGCUGAGCCGAAGUCAGAAGCUGUAUGGGCAGCGGGAACGUGUGUGGGCCUUGGCACAGGAGAAGGCGGCUGAUGUCCAGGCCAGGCUGAACCGAAGUGACCAUGGGCUCUUCCACACUCGGACCAGUCUCCAGAAACUCAGCACCAAGCUGUCCACACAGUCGGCCCACUACUCCCAACAGCUGAAAGCUGCCCGCAAUGAGUAUCUGCUCAACUUGGUGUCCACCAACGCCCACCUUGACCAUUACUACCAGGAAGAACUGCCAGCCCUGCUCAAGGCCCUGGUCAGCGAGCUGUUGGAACAUUUGCGGGAACCCCUGACCUUACUGAGCCGCACUGAGCUGGAAGCAGCAGAGACAGCCCUGGAGCAUGCCCGCCGCGGGGCACAGGCCACCUCCCAGGUAAGCUGGGAGCAGGAUCUGAGGCUCUUUCUUCAAGACCCCGGGGUGUUUUCCCCCAUACCACCUCAGAAGUUCCAGCCAGCGGGGAAUGAUCAGGUGUGUGCCCUGGAGCUGGAGGGGGUGGCGGCAGAGAGUGACCUGGAGAAAGAGGUUCAGCGCUGGACGAGUCGAGCAGCCCGAGACUACAAGAUCCAGAACCACGGGCUUCGGGUGCUGCAGCGGCUGGAGCAGAGGCGGCAGCAGGCUUCAGAGCGGGAGGCUCCGGGCCUAGAGCAGCGGCUGCAGGAAGUGAGGCAGAGCAUCCUGCGGGCACAGGUGAGCCAGGUGAAGGGGGCUGCCCGGCUGGCCCUGCUGCAGGGGGCUGGCCUGGAUGUACAGCUGUGGCUGAAGCCAGCCAUGACCCAGGCGCAGGACGAGGUGGAGCAGGAGCAACGGCUCAGCGAGGCCCGGCUGUCCCAGAGGGACCUCUCUCCCACGGCUGAGGAUGCUGAGUUCUCCGACUUUGAGGAAUGUGAGGAGACUGGAGAGCUCUUCGAGGAGCCUGUCCCCGCAGCCCUGGCCACCAGAGCUCUUCCCUGCUCUGCACACGUGGUGUUUGGCUAUCAGGCAGGGCGUGAGGACGAGCUGACUAUCACAGAAGGCGAGUGGCUGGAGGUCAUAGAGGAGGGAGAUGCCGAAGAAUGGGUCAAGGCUCGGAACCAGCAUGGCGAGGUAGGCUUUGUUCCUGAGCGGUAUCUCAACUUCCCGGACCUCUCCUUCCCUGAGAGUGGCCACGGCAGCAACAAUCCCUCUGGGGCAGAGCCCACAACAUUCCUGGCCCGUGCCCUGUACAGCUACACGGGACAGAGCGCAGAGGAGCUGAGCUUCCCCAAGGGGGCACUCAUCCGCCUGCUGCCCCGGGCCCAGGAUGGAGUGGAUGAUGGCUUCUGGAGGGGAGAGUUUGGGGGCCGUGUUGGGGUCUUCCCCUCAUUGCUGGUGGAGGAGCUACUAGGUCCCCCCGGGCCACUUGAGUUCUCAGACCCUGAACAGAUGCUGCCAUCCCCUUCUCCUCCCAGCUUCUCCCCUCCUGCACCCACUUCUGCCUUGGAUGGGCCCCCUGCACCUGUCCUGCCUGGGGACCAAGACCUGGACUGCCCUGGACCCCUGGACACGAUGGCGCCUCGACUCAGGCCGGUGCGGCCACCGCCUCCCCCACCGGCUAAAGCCCCGGAUCCUGGCCGGCCAGAUCCCCUCACCUGAUGCCAGGGGAUCACUGCCCCCAGGGAUGUUGCUGCUGCCCCUGUGUCCAUGCUGUCAGAGACCACCCUUCAGUGAUCUGGAGUGAUGCAGCCAAAAGCUGGAAUCUCCCCCAUUUCUACUCUCACCUCUAGGGGUAGAAACUUCUCCUCUCCCCACUUUUGGGGCUGGAACUCCUUCUUUUCUCCCCAUUGUCCGUCCUCUUGCCAUCUCUGGGGCUGGAACUACCCUUUCUUUUCUGCCACCACUCCAGCUCUGGGGUGGUGAAAUACCCUGAAAUCUCUGGGGCUGGACCCCAUCCCACAGAGUUUUGUGUGGCUCUGGCCCAUCCUUGUUUCUUCUUUGGCUCUGUGACCCACCCCAUUCCAAAGGCCAGGGCCACUGGGGCUGGGGCCUGGGAUGGGACAGACCUGUGAGAAGGAGCUGGAGCCAGUAUGUGAAACAACUGUAAUGGUCUGAGCGGAUUUAUUGACAGUGAAUAAAGGGCACGAAGCCCAAGCCA